AUGACUUUAACCUGCAGCAUCCUCAUGGCCAUCCUAAACUCGGUGCUGGCUGCCGUAUUCCUCAGCAAACCUGAUUUGCGCUCUUCUUUUGCAUCCUAUCUAACCGCCCUCCUCAUUUUCAACGCCCUGGUUUCCAUCCACGGAUUUCUUAACGUCGUCAAAUCGCGCUAUCCCGUGUAUAUGCGCAAUCAACGUUUAUGCGAUUUCCGCUUAUAUGUUUCCUGGGUGAUAACCGGAAUCCCUUUGAAUCUUCAUAUUUUAAUUACGAUCAACCGCAUCUGGGCCAUCGCCUUCCCGGUUUCGUACCGUAACCGGCAUUCUCCGCGGUUAGCCUGGCUUCUUGUCGCGUCGGUGGUGGUUUAUGUGCAUGUUGUGUGUUUGCCGGGUGUUUUGUUAGAUGUGCUAUACUAUCGAAUGCCGCCGGAGAAAGGCUGUUCGAUUAACAGUCUGGCGAUGCCGCGCUGGAACCAAAUGGCCAUGCUGCUUAUAUACGAAUUCCCUAUUGUUUUCAUUGGGAUUUCCUGGAUUUACUUGCUAGCGAAACAGCGACGGCAAAGAAACACGGUGGCGGCGAUAACCAUGGCGACAGUGGCGACGAACAAUGACGGAUCCAAUCCUCACGAGCAUGCCCACAGCGGGAAGGUGCGGUCAAAGAGGAGACGGUUUACCCGAGGAUUUAUUGUCUUCUCUACGUUAACGCUCAGCGCGCUUCUGUGCUGGACACCAUAUGAGACGUAUUAUGUUAUCUGGGCGUUUGUGGAUUUGAAUGAAACGGAUCGACGCUUUAUUAUGUUGUGUCUGGGAUUGUACUUAAUCCAACCGGUUCUGGAUCCCAUUCUCAUUGUGCUAACUAUGCCGGAUUUGCGGUGGACGAUUAAGGGGAUUUUGAGUAAACUGACGUCGGUAUUUACCCGGACAUGA